AUGUCUGGCAUCGAAAUCGCUGGAUUGGUCCUUGCGACAAUUCCACUGGCCAUCUCUGGCCUUGAGCACUACGCCGACGGCGUGGGAACGAUUCGAAAGCUGAGCCACAUUCGCGAGCACUUUCACUAUCUUCGGACCGAUCUAGAGGUAGAGCAAGUAUUGUUUAUGAACACCUUGGAGACGUUGCUCUCAGAUACCCUCGGAGCACAAAUCUGCAAUCAUCUGUUGACACAGUUGGGAGGCUCGAGCUGGUAUGAUUCUGAUGUGGACCGGCGACUUCGUGAAGGACUGCAACGUUCUUACGAUGUGUUUUUCAAAUCCGUACAGCGGAUUGAGGAAGCCUUGCGGGACCUGAUGGAAGCAUUGCAGCUUGAUGGAAACGGCAAGGGUCCAUUCUCCAUGGAACGGAGAUCCAUCGCGGAAGGGCUGAAACGGCUGAAGUUUGGCCUGAGAAUGAAGAAGUACCAAGAACAACUAGACACCAUCAAAGGCUGCAAUGGCCGUCUCCUCAAGCUCGCGGCGCAAUCAAGCACUCUCAGUCGCCAGUCCAGGCACCCAGCACGUGUCGUCUCCCACUAUCAGGAUCUGCGAAAUCAUGCCGUGAGCAUAUUUGAGUCAUUGAGUGCGGGUCUGUCGAGAUCUUGUAAAGAAAAACACAGGGUCAAUUUGUGCAUGAAGCCUUUUGCCGCACAAUCUGAUGACGAAGAACUGCAACUGGCCGACUCGCCGACGUUCAAAGUGGUGUUCGAACAUUGUGGCGCAGAUCGACCAGCAGGGUCAUCGGUAUGGGAGUUGGAGGAAACUGACAUUCGAAUGCUCAAUCUUGCAUCUCAUCCAAGGAACGGAAUGCAGUCUCUGCCGCGAUUGACGCGAACCCGCUCGGGCAAAGCGGCGACGGUGCGACAAUACAACAGUCCGCUGCAUGAGAUCAGCGAUGUCUGCACAGGCCUGGGCGGUCUGAAAGGCCUGCAGCAAGCAGCAUGUCUUGGGUACAUGGCUGACAUCCAGAACAACUUUCAGCUGGGCUUGUUCUGGCCAGGUCGCCGCAUGAUUAUUGGGGCGUCUCUGUCCGCCAUCUCGCUUGCUGAUGUCCUGGAUGGCCCACAACGAUCAUGGGUGAGCGACUUGGACAAGCGGAUUCUGGCUCUCUCUUUGGCCUCUGGAAUGUUGACGCUAUCCGGCACAGCUUGGCUCUCAAACGGUCAAUGGGGCAAGCGAGAGAUCACAGUGUUUCGGCAACCGAGUGGAGUGCUUUUGAGUCGCCCAUUCGUGACGCAACAGCUUUAUGGACCUUCGCGAGUAUCGCAGGCAUACUUCGAGACUUGCAGUCUGAUUCGAGAUGAGGCGACCUUUGCUCUAGGCGUAUUGCUUAUCGAACUAUGCAUGGGGCAUACUCUGGAUGAUCUUCGAGCUCCUGAAGACCUCACCCCAAAUGGCGUGAAGCACAAGCUUUCGGACUUUUUGACAGCUUCACGGCUGGUCGACGAAGUAUAUGGGAUAGCGGGAGGCCAUUGGGGUGAUGUCGUCCGCCGUUGUGUCCAUUGCGAAUUUGAUCAGCGAAACGUCGGUCUUGCCAAUGCGGAAUUUCGGCAGGCAGUGUAUGAGAGAGUGGUUGCUGUACUGGAGAAGGAUGUGCAAGAUGCUCAGUCUUGGUGAGGCAGAUGGAGUGGGACAUGAAUUGGUAAGGUUGGAGUUGGAGUUGGAGUUGAAGGGCAAGGAGAUUGCUGACCGGAGCUCUUUCCGCCAAGAGAAACACACAGACCAUGUCGGUGGCGUCACCGGGCUGCACCUCGG